UUUUUAUCUCACAAAAUGUUAAGAUACUAUGAGAACACAUGGCGGCGCUGCAGGAUAAGAAAGUAAAAACUGGAAGGUCGCUGUGGUUCCCUUAACAGAGAAAAAAAAAAAAAUCCUGCGGAAGUCUGGAAACCCAGAGAAGCCUGCGCACCUCAGAAAGGAGAUCUGGGCCCCCAGAAAAGGACUGGAGUGCUUCUUGGGUGUCUAGUGAGAUAACCACGGUACCAGAAAUCAGGGGAAUUUACAGUUCUGUGUAAGCAUCCUCCAGGACACUGAACCAUCAAGAACAAUGGAGGCCAGCAGGAAGCUCAUUUGCAGACAAAGGCAAGUCCUUUUUUUCUUUUUCCUAUUAGGAUUCUCUCAAGUGAGUGCAGGGGAACUAAGGCGCUAUUCUGUGGUGGAGGAAAAGGAGGGAAGGUCCUUUGUAACCAAUUUAGUAAACGACUUGGGUCUUGGGCAGCUGGAACUCUCCAGGCGAGGGGCUAAGGUCAUUUCUAAAGGUAACAAACUGCAUUUGCAGCUGGAUCAGGAGAAGGGGGAUUUGCUGUUAAAUGAGAGAAUGGAUCGUGAGGAACUGUGUGGGCUCACCGAGCCAUGCCUGCUACGCUUCCAAGUGCUGCUAGAUAACCCCUUAGAAAUUUUUCAAGCUGAGCUAGAAGUAACAGACAUAAAUGACCACUCUCCAACGUUCCUGGACAAAGAAAUCAUGCUAAAGAUAUCAGAGAGCAGUCUUCCUGGAACUACAUUUCCCCUGAAGAACGCUCAGGACAUGGAUAUAGGACAAAAUGGCAUUGACAACUAUCUUGUCAGCUCCAACUCUUACUUCCAUGUGCUCACUCGAAAACGCAGUGAUGGCAAGAAAUACCCUGAACUGGUACUAGACAGAGCACUGGAUAGAGAGGAGGAGGCUGAGCUCAGGUUAACGCUCACCGCGCAGGAUGGCGGCUCUCCACCGAGGUCUGGCACCACUGAGGUCCACAUUGAAGUAUUGGACUUCAAUGAUAAUGCUCCUGAGUUUGAGCAGCUCUUCUACAGAGCACAGAUCCCAGAGGAUAGCCCAAUAGGCUUUCUGAUCAUCACUGUCUCUGCUACAGAUAAGGACAUAGGGGUCAAUGGAGAGAUCUCCUAUUCACUCUUCCAAGCUUCAGAUGAUAUUAGCAACACCUUUUCAAUCCACCCCUUGACAGGGGAAGUGCGGUUGAAAAAACACCUUGAUUUUGAGAAGACUCCGUCCUAUGAAGUAAAUGUUGAGGCAAAAGAUGCUGGAACGUUUUCUGGAAAAUGCACGAUUCUGGCACAGGUCAUGGAUGUAAAUGACCAUGCUCCCGAGAUUAUCCUGUCUGCAUUAACAAAUCCCAUCCCUGAGAAUUUACCAGAAACUAUGGUGGCAGUUUUUAGCGUUUCUGAUCUAGAUUCAGGAGAAAAUGGGAAAAUAAGCUGCUCCAUUCAGAAUGAUCUACCCUUCUUUCUAAAGCCUUCCGGGGAAAACUUUUACACGCUAUUAACACAAAAACCUUUAGAUAGAGAGACUACAGCAGAGUACAACAUCACCAUCACAGUCUCCGACAUGGGCACACCCAGGCUCACAACCCAGCACACCAUAACAGUGCAGGUGUCCGACAUCAACGACAACGCCCCCGCCUUCACCCAAACCUCCUACACCCUGUCUGUCCGCGAGAACAACAGCCCCGCCCUGCACAUAGGCACCAUCAGAGCCACAGACUCAGACUCAGGCUCCAAUGCCCACAUCACCUACUCGCUGCUGCCAUCACAGGACCCGCAGCUGGCACUGGCGACGCUCAUCUCCAUUAAUACCGAUAAUGGGCAGCUGUUCGCGCUCAGGUCCCUGGACUAUGAGGCUCUAAAGUCCUUCGAGUUCCGCGUGGCCGCCACAGACCAAGGCUCUCCAGCGCUCAGCAGUCAGGCGCUGGUGCGCGUGCUGGUGCUGGACGACAAUGACAAUGCGCCCUUCGUGCUCUACCCUCUGCAGAACGCCUCUGCGCCCUGCACUGAGCUGGUACCUAGGGCGGCGGAACCUGGCUACCUGGUCACCAAGGUGGUGGCAGUGGACCGCGACUCUGGCCAGAACGCCUGGCUGUCAUUCCAGCUGCUCAAGGCCACGGAGCCAGGGCUGUUCAGCGUGUGGGCGCACAAUGGCGAGGUGCGCACCACCAGGCUGCUGAGUGAGCGCGAUGCCCCCAAGCACAGGCUGCUGCUGCUGGUCAGGGACAAUGGCGAUCCUCAGCGCUCUGCCAGUGUCACUCUGCAUGUGCUGCUGGUGGAUGGCUUCUCCCAGCCCUACCUGCCUCUGCCAGAGGUGGCGCGCGACCCCGCGCAGGAUGAUGAAGAUGUGCUCACGCUGUACCUGGUCAUCGCCUUGGCGUCUGUGUCUUCACUCUUCCUCCUUUCUGUGCUGCUGUUCGUGGGGGUGAGGCUGUGCAGGAGGGCCAGGGCGGCCUCUCUGGGUGUCUGCUCUGUGCCUGAAGGACACUUUCCUGGCCACCUAGUGAAUGUCAGCGGCUCAGGAACCCUGUCCCAGAGCUACCAGUAUGAGGUGUGUCUAAGGGGAGACUCUGGGACUGGUGAGUUCAAAUUCCUGAAACCAAUUUCACCUUUCCAAGACCAUUCUCUUGGACCAGAAAUGGGAGAAAAUCCCAACUCUAGAAAUGACUGGGGUUUUGAUAUUCAGUUAAAAUAACUGCUUUUCAUCGUGUGUAGUGGGUUUUGUUAUAAACUCAAGCUACUUUUUUUUUUGCUGUGCCCAUUAUAAAAUUUUAAAGCAUGCUUAAGGCUUGUUUUCAGGAUACUCUGUCCAUGGCUUCAGUGAUAGCAUCUCCACUUUUCUCCAGAUUGGAAGGUGAAAUGUUCUAAUCUUGUGUUUCUAAUUAGUCAGUAGUUGUAUAAACCUUUGUUCUAGAAUGGCUUAGGAACGAACAAGAAAAGAAAUAUAAAAUAAUUUCAACCCAAUCAGUUGCAGUUCAGUGUGUUUUCUGUUACUCGCUGUGAACCACUGAGCGUUCACUCUACAACAAUGCUCAAACACCAUGAAGUCUAAUCAGAAAGGGAAAAGAAGGGCACACUGAGGGCAUCAGGCUUUCUGUUUCUUUGGCCUCCACUAGACUAACUUUCCUUGUUGGUGUUUUCUCUUAAAAUGUUACUCCAUAGCCACAUGGCUCUUUAUCAGCCUACUUUUAGGUUUGUUUGUUUGGUUGGUUGGUUGUUAGAUUUGGAUUAGUUUGGAGUUUGGAGUUUGGGUUAGUUAAUUUGGAGUUUUGUUUGUUUGUUUGUUUGUUUGUUUUUUGCUUUUCAAGACCAGGUUUUUCUGUGUAUCCUUGGCUGUCCUGAACUCCUUUUGUAGAUCAGGUUGGCCUUGAACUCACAAAGCUCUGCCUGCCUAUGCCUCCCUGAGUGAUGGGAUUACAGCCCUGCACUACUGCUCCUGGAUGCCUGCUUUUAGUUUUAAUAUCACCAUUUUAAACCACUUUCCACUUUGUUUAGUUGCUGUUGAGGAGGAUUCAGAAAUCCACCCCUUGUUUACCUGGUAAGCUGAAAUAGCAUGGCAGUAAAAUUGACUUUUCUCUUCUGGGAAAUGUUUGCCUGGGAAAGAAACUGCACCAGCCAAUAUUUAUUAUUUUUUCCCUUUCUUUACUGUCAUAUUUCAAAUUUCAUUCUGACCAUUGGUAUACUUAGUUUUCAUACAUUUUCACUCUCUUCUUUGGCAAGUAGUGCUGGACAUAUGGCUAAGUUGUGGUGAGAUAUAAAAAUGAGGCAGCUUCCAAAGCUUUUCAGUUGAGAGUAAACCUGGAGGUCCAUGCAUGCCAGGUAGUGACUAUAACUGACAUACCCACUUCAAACCUCCAAGAACACUUAAAGUGGAGCUAUCUCACCUGCGAAGAGAUCCCUACCCCCUGCUCUUCACUCAAUGCAAUGUUCUUUCUUGGAUAUGUGGGGUAUGAUGUAUGCACAAAUGCCCUGUUGUCUCUUUGACAGUUAUGGUGGGUUAAAAUCCCAUGGCAUGAACUUAGCAGAGGUCCCUGGUGACUCAGGAGUUG